GCUUCAAAAUUCCCUAAAAGAUUGAGUCGAGGCAGAAACCCCUCAGCUGGAGAUGAAGUGAGCUGCAGCUCCUGCAGCUCAGUACCAGUUGAUCAGAUCAGUCAGAGUGGAGGGGAAGGUGUGUGAAGCCUGGCUCUGUGUGCAUGACUCUUCAUCCGCGCUGUGAAGACACACAGCUCUCUUUCUGGAUGGUUUUAUCCCAAGUGAGCAAUUCUGCCGAGAUUUUUUUUGACCCAGUGAAGCAGAGGAGAGUGUGUGUGAACCCUCACACUGAGAGGAGUGGGCUGAUGGAUGGAGAGGAAGAUCAGAGGGAUCAGCAUGAGGAGCGCUUAAGGGAAGUGUUUCAGAGUUUCGAUGGGAGCGGUGCUGGUUCACUAAGCCCAGAGGAGCUAACCGAGCUCUGUCACGCCCUACAGCUGGCUGACCAAGCGCUACACACACUGCUACACACACUUUUCAACACACAGGACCAACUAAACACACGGGUUGAAUUUGAGCAAUUUAAGGAUGCUUUGAUUCUGGUGCUUUCUUCCAAUGAAGAGACGCUAGCUAAAGAAAACCCUCCUCGACCAGUCUCCCCAGAGGUGCAGCCUCGCUUUGUAAAGGGCACUAAGCGUUAUGGGCGGCGGUCCACUCCAGAGUUCACACAAUCCAUCUCAAAUCUUGCACACACAUCGUCGGUGGAAAGAGAGGAGGAUGCAGAGACAAGGACUAGCGAUGGGACGUUGCCUGUUAAGCGUGAGCGCUGGAACGCAGACGUGAGCAGUCCAGAAGAGUAUGAAGCAGAGGGUCAGCUGCACCUGUGGAACCCUGAUGAACCAGGUACGCCACGGGGUAGCAUGGCACCCUUCAGUGACCUGGAGGAGAGACUAUACAGUGCCUGCCAGCAGCUCUCACUGCCCCUGCAUGGCACAGCUACAAUACAACAACUACGCACACUCUGCCAGCACCUCGGCUUGGAGGUAGGAGAGGAUGCCUUCCAGUCUGCAGACGAGAAGAAUGUGAGUGUGCAGGAGUUUGUAUCUUACAUCCAAACCGACAGCAAACCACCUACUCCUUCUGCCUCAACACCUUACAGACAGCUAAAGAGACAUCACUCUACACAGCCGUUUGAUGAGAUGGGUCGAAGGAUCUCAUCUGUGAUGAGCAGUACAAUCGGACUGCGUCUCUUUUCUGAAUUAGAUGAUGGAACAGGACACACAGCUGUGGAGCUACUUCUGGAUGCCUGGCUAGAAGACGGUAUAGACAACAGUUCUGAAAUUCUGCAGGCUCUGGAUUUCAGCCUUGAAGGUAAGGUGAAUCUGAGUGAACUGACUGCAGCUCUGGUGAAUGAGCUUAUGGUCACAAAGAACUCCAUCCACCAAGCGGCACUGGCGAGCUUUAAGGCUGAGAUCAGAUACCUCCUUGAGCGUGUGGAUCUGGAGCUCAGGGAGAAAGAGAAGCUUCACUCUGAUUUGGAAAAAGCAGAGAAGCUCAAGUCCCAGCUGGCCUCUGAGGUGGACGAGCGUCACUCCACCAUCGAACGCAUCAACGAUCUUAACCUGCGGAGGCUGGAGCAGGAGCACAAGGAUCGUGUGGUGGCUCUGAGGGCGGAGAUGAGCAAAGAGGUGGAGCUUGUACAGCAACAGGCCAAUCAGCAGAGAGAAGAGCUGGAACAGGAAAUCAGUAAGAUCAGAGAGGAUGAGACCUUCCUCAGAGAACACCUCACUCUGACUAUUAAGGAAAAUGGGCGUAUGGAGGCGGAGCUGCUGGACAGCACAAAGCGGCUGAUGGAAGCAGAGGCCCAGCUAAAUAAACUGCAAAAGAACCUUGACAAUGUUCUGAGGGAGAAGUUUGGUGAUUUGGACCUGAGCAAUGCUGAGUUCUAUCAGCAGGAGGAACGUUUCAGGCAGCUACGCAACACCUAUGAGGAGCAGUGUCGGGAGCUGCAGGAUCGUAUAGAUGAGUUGCAGGCUCAGUUGGAGGAGUUUCGUGCUUUAAGCCGUGCCCCGCAACCCUCCCUCAUGCCCUCUCUGUCUGAUGAGCUGGACAGCAAGAGUCCCGGCAUGGAGUCAGAUCAAGGCCUAGGUUCUGAAGAAGGGCAGCCCUUUAACAUGAGUCUGGAGGCAGAGAUGAUGCUGGAGCAAUUGAAAGAGCAACACAUCAGAGAGCUGGAAGACAUGAGAGUGCAGCUAGAUUCCACGGUGAACAAGUGUGAGCACAGGCUGGAAGAACAAAAGACCUCUCUUGAGGAGGAGAAGAGUCUGCUCUCCUUACAGCACCAACAGGAGGUGAAGGCUGUGAGGGAAGAAGUGAAUGAAGCACUGGCACGAGCUCGAGAUUUGCGGGAGCAACUGGAGCAGGAGAGACGCAGUAUGGAGGCUCAGCAGAGUGUCGAGCUUGCUGAGCUACAUGCUGUUUACCAAAAGCAGGUUGGUUCCCUCAGCCAGGAGUUGCAGGAUGCCAGGAUCCAUGCAUUGAAGCUGGAGGAGCAGCUCAGGGUGCUGGAGGAGCGAGAGAGAGGAGCGGAGGAAAGCAGAGCAAGGGAUAAAGAAGAGCUGAGCAGGGCUCAUGCAGAGGAGCUUAGCCGAAUGGAACUGCACUACAAGGAGACACUAAAGACCAGUCUGCAGAACCAGAAGGAGGAGUCAGAGAGGACACUCUCAGAGGAGUUAGAGAAAGAAAGGCAGCAUCUGGAAGAGGUUCAUGAGGAGGUGCUGAGGGUUCGAUUAAAGGAGGUGCAGCAGAGAGCCGAGCAGGAGCGAAUUGAAUUAGAGAGGAGGCUCAGGGAAGCGUGGGAGUCGGACAAGCAGCAACUAGAGGAGAGCAGUAGAAAAACACUUCAGGAGGAGCUGGAAAACUUGCAGAAAGAGCAGGAGGAAAGCAGUAAGAGGCUCAGAGAGAUGUGGGAAAAGGAGCAUAUUCUUCUACAAGAACAUCAUCAUACUGAGCUGCAGAAGUGUUUACAGCAGGAAAGGGAGCGAUUUCAGGCCCAGGAGGAAGACAAGGAGCGUAGAAUGAUGGAGAAGUGGGAAAAAGAGCGAGUUCAGCUACAUGAGCAGCAUGAGGAGUUGCUACAGGCCAGGCUGGAGGAGCAGAGAGCACAGUUGCAGGCACAGGAAGAGGAGCAAGAAAAGAGGUGGCAGAAAGUGCUGGAAGAACAACAAGGCCAAAUGGAAGAGGCACACAGGGAGGCCAUGCAGGAGCUAAGUGUGAAACACAGUGAACAGAGAGAGAUACUGAGCUGCAUGCUGGAGAAACUACGCACAGAGAUCAGCAAGGAGAGGAGUGAAGCUGGACGUCUGGCUGAGGAAAACUUCCUUUUGAGACAGAAUAUCUCAGAACUGAGAGAAGAGGACCUGAAAGAGAGGCAGCAGGAACUGCUACUGAAAGUGGAGCACUUCCGGAAGGAGAAAAACGCUGCUCAGAAGAUGGCUGACGGUUUGAAGAGGCAGAUUUCUGAGCUGCGUCGUCGUGGGAAGAAGUUAGAGGAGGAAAACAAUGCUUUGUCACAGCAGAAUGCAAAACAUGCACUCAGUGUUGACACACUUCAGCAUACUCUUGAGGAAGUGAUCCUCCAUCAUGGAAAUGGUUCCUCCAAUGAAAGGAGUGAGACAGAAGCAGGAGCAGCAUCUGUUAGCAGAACUGAAAAGCUGGAAGAGGAGAAGAAGCUUCUACGAGCAGAACUGAACCGCUGUGUGGAAAAGAUGGCUCAGCUUCGUUCAGCAGAAACUCAGCUGGCUCAACUCUUGCACGAGAGACAGAUGGCAGACAAACAUAACCAAGCAUUACGUACGCAAAUGAUCAAGGCACAAGAGAGGGUUCAAGCACUGGAUUUUACACUGCAAGGGCUGACUCAGCAGAACGCUCGUCUGAAAUCGGACCUGCGCAUCACACAACAAGAGCGAGACACUCUCAAACAGGAAGUGAUCUCACUGCAUAAACAGCUGCAGAAUGCCAAUGAAAAGUGUCGUCUGGUGGAGAUGUCUGGUGUCCCAGUUAGCUCACACCAGGGGAAGCGUGUGUGGGCAGAGUUGUCUGGGCUGAUGGAGGCAGAGCUGAGUUUGCUGCGUGAAGAAAAUCAGAGGCUGCAGCGAGAGAUCAGUGAUGCACGACUGGAGCUCAGCUCUGCACGGGAGAAGGCUCGACAGUUGGAGGCACUGGUGUUGAGUGUGAAACAGCAGAAGCAGCAGAACCAGGCAAGCCUGGCCAAGACAGCUGAGCAAGAGAGAUCAGCUCUCAAACGAGAGAUAGAGGCUCUGCAAACACAGCUACAUAAUAAGCUGUGUGACAGUACUGAAGAUCAGAGAGAAAAUGAGAAUCUUCAUGAAGAGAAUGAGAGACUCAGGAACAAACAGACAAUACUGGAGGCCCAACUGAUGGAGGCUCAGCUUAUAGCCAUGUUACCACCAUCACCACUGCGACUGUCAGCGGAGCGAAGAGGACAGUGCCAUGGAGAUGAGAUGAACCCAGACAUCAAUAAAGAGCAGGAAGUGGCGCUGUUAAAGAUGGAGGAAAGGAUGAAGGAGGUGGAGCUCACACUCCGAAAUGUCAAACUGUUGUUGCAAGAGAAGGUUUCCCAGCUGAAAGAACAGCUGAAUAAGAACAAUAAAGCAGAUGUGUUGAUCAAGGAUCUUUAUGUGGAGAAUUCUCAGCUAUUGAAGGCUCUGGAAGUGAGUGAGCAGAGGCAGAAGGUGGCAGAAAAGAAGAAUUACCUCCUGGAGGAGAAAAUCUCCAGCCUCAAUAAGAUCGUUCGUGAGCUUAGUCCCUCACCACUAAUGCCUGUACCAUACCACAUGACCCGCUCCUGAUAACCCUGUUUAUGCUUUUUAAUCUACGCUUCUGUGUUAUUUAUUUGUUUUUAUUUUAUUAAAGUGACCUAUAAGAGGUCUUUUUUUUCCAAAUGAAACCACCAUUCUUGCAUGACAUAAAUAUGAAUGAAAAGCACACAGAGGAAGGAAACUGUCAGUGUAUUCAGAUUGUGUGGUUGGGCCUUGAAGUAUUUUGGUGCAUAUUCUUUAUAUGCCUGCUGAGGGGGGAAAAAUCAUUUCUUAAAUGUGUUAAAUCUGGUCUUUCUAAGAGCAUAAUCAUUUGUGCUUCCUUAAAGAUGCAGUUUGUGAUUUAUAGAGCGGUUGCCAUGGAAACAUUGACCCCACCCUUUCUGUUGAAACUGUCUCUCUUGUGAGUUGGCUUUGAGAAAAACAUGCACAGCUGAGCGAGUCAGUUCUGGUUGGGGAUGGAGCAUAUUUUUGGGCCAGAAAACAGCUUAACACACAGAACCUCAACAGUAGUAUUAUGAAUAUCAGUUUUUCUAAGGUAUUUUUUUUUAAUUCUAGGAUUCAUACAGGUCUACAAACCCUACAUUAACAAAAAAACUCAUUAAAAAUCAGACUCGGCAGACUCCAUCGUUCAGCUAUAGAUAUAAAAAGAAAUCGACUUGAUUUCAGCUAUAUGGAGUGAAAUUACACUGUUUAUACUAGAGAAAUUCUAUAAUAGAAUUUAUUUCUAUUAUUUUACAUAAGUCAAGCAUCAUUCCAGUUAUGGAUUUGCACUGAAUUAACCUAAUUAUUAUAUUCUUACAAAUUGAAAAGGUUUUUGUAUGAAAUUGUAACCGUGUAAUUGCCUGUUUUUACUGUGUAGUUUUGUUAAAUAUGGAUUCUCGGACUGUUGAAUUUCCUUAUAGAAGGUUAUAAAGAGAUGUGGGAUGGAUCCAUAGUACAGUCUUAGACCUCAUAGACUAAAACAUCCUAAUGUCAAAGUGCACUUUCUCUAAGAGCAAUAUGGUAAUAUUGUGAAUCAAAGUGUUGCUUUCGUUCUCCAUGAGCAGUAUUUGUUUCAGUAUUUGUUUUCUAUAACGGAUUGCUUUUGGUUAAAGCCUGCCUCUUGGGUUUGCAUGGAACUUUAGCAGUGUCUGUUAUAUAUAAUUCUUUUUCCUGUAAAUGAAUUGUAUAGGCUGUGCAGGUGUUCAUUAAAGUAUUACAAAUUUCUAUUUUAAUUAAUUUUGUAAAUUGAGGAGGACCACUUUAAAAGUCCGUACCAGCAUUUAAACCUAAAUGAAGGCAGCGAGUUUGGCUGCCCAAAUAAAGACGAGAAACUAUCUGGCCAUGAAUGUAAGCCUGUAAUAAAACAUCAUGGUGCUGAGACAGGAAGUAUUUGUAUUACAGUGUCUGAGGUGUUACUGUUCAGCAGAACCAAAGAGAUUUUCCCACUGUCACUGGCCUAGUUAACACUGUCCAGACUGUCCAGACUCUACCUGUCAAGAGCUGCUGUUACCCAGCCAAGUGACUGACAAUGUGCUGGGGUAUUGUGAAUUAUAGGAAGCAGUAAAAUGGUUUUAGAGAAUAAGGUGUCCGAGUGAUCAUUUUCUCUUUGUGAGUGUGACUAUUUCCUGUCACAGCACAGGCCUGCUCUUAGGGCACGCAUAACCCAGUGCCACAGUAUUGUAUGUUGUUCAUAGUGAGGAAGGGGUCAUGGGGUCAUGUCCCUUAUGGAACAGUCACAUACGUUACACAUCAUAUGUGAUCAUAUUUUUUUCAAAUGUGAAUAUGUAAUCAUGUGAACAUGAACAUGUAAAGGUGAAUUUCAGUGUGUUAUACCCAGAAACUGCACUCAAGUAAACAUGUGACAUCAUGUGAACCAUAUGUGUGAAAAUAAAUGAAUUGUUUGGAGAAGAAAAAUCACAUGCGAAUCUAAGGAAAUUUUGUGGAAUAAAUCAAAUGUGGAAAAAUGAAUUGUGUGUGUAAAAAACAGAUGUGAAACAUGAAUUGGGUGUGUGUAUCACAUGUUAAGAAUAAAAGCACAUGCACUGCAAGUGAAAAAUGUGUGAAAACAAAAUGCGAAAAGUGUCUAAAAACAUGUAUAAUGUGAUUAUUAACAUGUAAAGAUCACGUGAGUCUUCUUCCACAAAUAAUAAUCAAAGCUGUGUUUCCCAAAAGCAUUGCUGCAAACAGAUCAUGAACUAGUUGAGUGAACAGCACACUGAACACUCACUACCAGUUAAGAUGAUGUUAACUUUCCAUUGGCUUGCUUUUGGGAAACUGGGCCCAGGCUAGCAGGUGUUCUUGAGUAGGGAAAUAACCAGCGGUCUAAGACUCAGGCCACCUUCCUCUCUGCAUUAAGAUGAGCACACUUGUACACUGAGUUUAUAAGGUCUCUGCAAUGUAAACAUUUAAAUAGCAUCUAAUAGCUAAUUUGUUUAUAAGCUAAUGUGCAGUCUAGUGCCAUAUGACAA